CUGCAUCUGCCCCUUUCAUUCCUAGCUUUGUUUCUCAGCUAAGAAAGAAGUCUGAUUGUCAUAAGGAAGAUCCAAAGCCAUAUCAUUCCAAAAUGUCUGAUCAGGAAGAGUAUGAAGAAGAAGUUAUUGAGGAAACUGAAGAGACUGAAGAAGUAAUUGAGCCUGAGCCUGAGCCUGAACCAGAACCACCAAAACCUGCACCUCCUCCUCGAGUUACUCCAACUUCAAGAAUCCAAACGACUCAGAAUGCUAAAAGAAGUUGUAAGAUCUCAGCAUCACGCAAGCUCCAUCUCAAGAUUCUAAUGCUGGGCAAAGCCAAAGAAGACUUAGAACGAGAAAUAGCUGAACGAAAUAUAGAGAAGGAAAAAUUUCUUGCAGAACGUGUACCUCCACUCAACUUCAGUGGCCUUUCACUUACCGACUUGCAAAAUUUGUGCAAAGAACUUCACCAAAAAAUUGAGAUUGUUGAUGAAGAAAGGUAUGACUUUGAGUUUAAAGCUGGGAAGAACAACUAUGAGAUUCAUGAUCUUUCCUUGAAAAUUCUUGACCUGAGAGGGAAGUUUAAGCGACCCACUUUGCGUAGGGUCCGUGUUUCUGCUGAUGCUAUGUUGCGUGCCUUAUUGGGAUCUAAACAUAAAGUCUCUAUGGAUUUGAGAGCCAACUUGAAGUCAGUCAAAAAGGAUGAUACAGAAAAGGAGCGUAAUGUUGAGGUGAGUGACUGGCGUAAGAAUGUGGAAGCCAAGUCUGGCAUGGAGGGCAGAAAGAAGAUGUUUGAUGCUGCCACUACCCAGUGAAUAUUGCCAGGUAAUCCAGGUGGGCUAUUACCACUGCUUUGAAAAUAGAGAGUGAAUAUGUUUGCUGAGCGCUUUCAACUCUGCAAUGUUUAGCAUGCCACAUUCUUGCAUUAUAAAAUAUUUUAAUAAAUUGUUUAAUGUUUA